AGGCAGUUAUCAUGUUCCAAACCUCUCUCAUUUACGAAUACGAUGUUUCUUGCUAAGAAAACCCUAACCAAUCUUGUCGCAGCAGCUCCCAUGAACACAAGGGUAUGCUGCAAACUGACUGUUAUGCACCCAUUUCAUUUUGGCAGUGUGUUCUCAACUCCUGUCAAUGAAAAUGCUCAUUUGCAGAGCCUCUUUGGUGAUUUUGCCUCCACCAAAUUCAACAUGUCUGCGGCCGACAUCACUCAAAUAUUAGUAACCUUCCCCGGAUUGGGAAGGCUAAAAACCCUCGAGAAUGUGAAGCAGUUUAUUCAUAUGUUGAACAAACGCGGCUGCACUGAAGUCCAAAUUGCCAAGAUAAUUAGGCUUCAGCCCUCACUUAUACUUACAAAUGCUGAAAGAGUAUUGGAACCUAAGAUCAAAUUGCUGGAAGAUAUUGGCAUUCAGGGUCAAAAUCUGGUUAAAAUUUUGACGACCAAUCCCCGCAUCUUGACCACCAGCCGCGAGAACGACCUUAUUCCCAAGAUGGAGUUUCUCAAAAACGUAUUUCAGUCGCAGGAUCUGCUCGUCAGAUCCCUGGUAAGAGUGCCCUUAAUUCUGAGAAAUAAUCUGGAGGAAACUCUAAAGCCCUCAGUUGCUCUUUGGCAGAGAUGGGGUUUUCGCGGGGUGGAGCUCACCAAAUUCUUAGGGAUGCGGCCGCAAGUUUUGUUUUACACUUCUUUAAAGCCUGCACAAAUUGAUCUCAUUGACAAUAUUUGCCCUGACAAAACGAGAAAAAUGUACAAAUAUAUUGUAAGUAUAGUGGCUGUUAGCCGACUUGAAACGUUACAGGCCAAGAUAGAUAAUCUGAAACUGUGUGGGGGGACCUCGUCUGAAGAAAUUUGGCAACUAAUUAGAGCUGUCCCUCAAGUGUUACAUUGCUCCGAGGAAAAUGUUAGUGAAAAGAUGAACUUUCUAGUUAAUAACAUGGAACUCCCUGCUAAUUAUGUAGUGAAGCACGCGUGGUUGUUGUGUUUAAGUCUGGAAAGGAAAUUGAGGCCCAGGUUUCUAGUUUUUCAGAAAAUAAAAUCCAUCAACGAGCUCGACCUCUCUCUUUUAACUGUGUUGAAGAUGCCAGAGGCAAUGUUCGUUAACAAGUUCAUUAAAAGCCAUCGUGAAUCUGAAACACUGUGGACAAUUUAUAAAAAUGCCAUCUCUAAUGCCUCCAGCGGCAUAAAAAAGAGCUCACCUUAAUUUUUGACGGAGAUUCUGAGAGUUAGAACUCAAAAACCGCAGCAAACUUAUUAAUCCAAUAUUUGGCAAAAGGUGGGCAGGCACUCCCCAUCCAGGCACUGGCUGUGAGCAUUAUGCAUUUAUGGAGGUACCAUAUUCAUCAACAGGAGCAAUGUCGAUAUUCUCUCUGCCAAGCAUUCUGAGUCCAAUUGCUUUUCAAGCAAGGUAUCCAUGGCAACUAUCAAAUUUUUAAAGUGAGUUUAUAAUUGCUUUAUUGCAACCAUUCAGUGUAAUGUAAUUGAUGAAUUUUGAAUAACUAGAAUUAUUGUACGCAUCUUAAAGUCA